AUGGGUGCGGGGGCAUCGCCCUUCGGCGUGGUGGCCCACUCCGCGGAAGAGGCUGGAGUCCCUGGAGAUCGGGCCCACCGCGGCGAGGCGAGCAGCCAGGCGGCGGACGAGAGCUGCCGCUGGAAGCGGCCCUGCGGCCUCGCGGAGGCCCUCGGGGCAGAGGUCGCGCCGAAGCAGGUCGUGGUGCCGCCAGCUGCCCCCGCCUUCGACGCCGAGGCCCGCCCGCUGGCCACGGCUGCCGCGGCAGUGCGCGCUGCGGUGGCGUGCCGCGCCGCCGAGGCCGCCGAGGCGCAGCACAGCGCGACGCUGAGGCGCGGUCCAGGGAAGCUAGCCCCGCUGGGAGAGCCAGUGCUAGCCCCCGGGGUGGUGUCGACGGUCAUCCUCGUGGUACUGUUCGAGCCCCACCUGGCGAUGGCGUUCGGUGUGCUGAUGGUCGUGAGCUCGGAGGCGGGCUCCAGGCAUGUUCUCAGGCAGGGCCUCGUGGUGAUGCUGGCGGUCGGCACCGACGACAUCGUCGUGGAGGCGGCCCAGGCCGUCAACGAGCGGGAUGGCAACGUGAUGUGCGAUGGCGUCGACGGCCACGCAUGCGACGCGGAGGGGUUCUUGAGGGAGGCGCUCGUGGACCAGCUCCCCGCGGUAAGCGUGCACAUGGCCGUCGUCGCCAAGAGGACCGAGUAG